AUGUCGCGGCCGCAGCUCCGACGCCCGCCCCUCCUCACCCGCCCGCGGCGCGGCGGCUCCGGGCUCGCUCUGCUGCUGCUGCCGCUGCUGGCGUUGCCGCUGGCGGCCGGGGCUGACUGCCCGUGCCCGGAGCCCGCGCUCUGCCACCCGAUCCGCCACCGCCCCGACUUCGAGGUCUUUGUGUUUGAUGUUGGGCAAAAAACUUGGAAAUCUUAUGACUGGUCACAGAUUACAACUGUGGCAGUUUUUGGAAAAUAUGACUCAGAACUUAUGUGCUAUGCUCAUUCGAAAGGAGCCAGAGUAGUGCUUAAAGGAGAUGUAUCCUUAAAGGAUAUCAUUGAUCCUACUUUCAGAGCAUUCUGGAUAGCUCAAAAACUUGACUUGGCCAAAACACAAUAUAUGGAUGGAAUUAAUAUAGACAUAGAGCAAGAAGUUAAUUGUUCAUCACCUGAAUAUGAUGCAUUAACUGCUUUAGUCAAAGAAACCACAGACUCUUUCCAUCGUGAAAUUGAAGGAUCACAGGUAACCUUUGAUGUAGCUUGGUCUCCAAAGAACAUAGACAGAAGGUGCUAUAAUUAUACUGGAAUUGCAGAUGCUUGUGACUUUCUCUUUGUGAUGUCUUAUGAUGAACAAAGUCAGGUCUGGUCAGAAUGUAUUGCAGCAGCCAAUGCUCCCUAUAAUCAAACAUUAGCUGGAUAUAAUGACUACAUCAAGAUGGGCAUUAACCCUAAGAAACUUGUAAUGGGUGUUCCCUGGUAUGGUUAUGAUUAUACCUGCCUGAAUUUAUCAGAGGAUCAUGUUUGUACCAUUCCAAAAGUCCCUUUCCGGGGAGCUCCUUGUAGUGAUGCUGCAGGACGUCAGGUGCCCUAUAAAAUGAUCAUGAAGCAAAUAAAUAGUUCUAUUUCUGGAAGCCAAUGGGAUAAAGAUCAGCAGGCUCCUUAUUAUAACUAUAAAGAUCCUGCUGGCCAUUUUCAUCAAGUGUGGUAUGAUAACCCUCAGAGCAUUUCUUUAAAGGCAGCAUACAUACAAAACUCUGGCUUACGGGGCAUUGGCAUGUGGAAUGCAAACUCUCUUGACUACUCUGGAGAUGCUGUAGCCAAACAGCAAACUGAAGAAAUGUGGAAAGUCUUAAAGCUAAAGCUAUGAUAGAGAUGAAUAUCUUUUGCCAAACUUAAGAUUUAGAAAAUGAUCUGUAAAACUAGAUCUGACUUCU